CCGGGUAUUAGUUCAUGACAGUGCGGACUGAAUAACUGGUUGAACUUUGUGCAAGAAUGUCCUGGCUUCGGUCGUGUGGAGAGCGGACAGCUCCAGCACUGAGAGGGACAUACAGGAUUCUUGCUGGGCAGAGCAGAUUCGUCAAUAGCUCAUCGCACCUACAACACACACCCCUCACUGUCCUACAGCAGGAGCAUGGGAUCAGAAGGAUCAUUUUAAAUAACCCCCAGCAGAGGAAUGCACUUUCUCUCCCUAUGAUUCAGUCCCUUCAGAAGGACAUCCUCCAUGAAGCUGAUGACCCAAAUCUAAGGGUUAUUAUCAUAUCAGCUGAAGGAAACGUAUUUUCAUCAGGCCACAACCUUAAAGAACUGACGGCUGAAUAUGGGAAAGAUUAUCAUAUGGAAGUAUUUAAUACCUGUGCCAAGCUUAUGACCUUAUUCCAGACUCUUCCAGUGCCAGUUAUCGCAGAGGUUAAUGGUCUGGCCACAGCAGCAGGGUGCCAGCUUGUUGCUAGUUGUGAUAUAGCUGUGGCUUCUGACAAAUCCAGGUUUGCUACACCAGGUGUCAAUGUGGGUCUUUUCUGUUCUACUCCAGGUGUUGCUUUGGGAAGAGCAGUGCCAAGAAAGGUUGCCUUGGAAAUGUUGUUUACAGGUGAGCCGAUCUCGGCCCAUGAUGCCUUGUUACACGGACUUGUCAGUAAGGUGGUCCCAGAGGAAAAUCUAAAAUCUGAGACGAAUAGAAUUGCACUCAAAAUUUGCCAAACAAGUCACUCAGUGGUUGCACUUGGCAAAUCAACCUUUUACAGACAGAUGGCAAAGAGUUUGACUGAUGCUUACAAACUAACUUCUGAAGUAAUGGUUGAAAAUCUAGCCAUGAAAGAUGGGCAGGAAGGCUUAAAAUCAUUUAUUCAAAAGAGGAAACCUGUGUGGACACACUCUUAAGACAUGACCAGUGGAUGGAACAGAGAAAUAGUUUGGUAGAAAACGUUAAUUUUAUUUUAAAAGUGUGAAUAAAUAAAUGCCUGCUAUCGCUUUACUUUCAGAUAAUGUACAUUUUGUGGUCAUGUGAAAGUUGUUUGUUUCUGCAAGGUCUGUAGGUAUUACAAUAAAAUACACGAGCCAUGAAUAAUAAUAAAAUGUCCUUAUUAACACUCAUUGUUGUCACUAAUCACAGAAACCUUUAGAUUAUAAAAAAUAUAAAGCAGCCCCUAUUUAUAGCAUAUUAGAAGUCACCUCCAGACCUAUGAGCUGUGUCUUGUGACUUUUUAUGGUCAUGAAAACCUCAAUUACUUCUAAUAUUCAUAUAUUUUGCAAAAAUGCCUUUUUUAUUAUCAUUUAUAUAAUACAAAUUUAAAAUAUCACAAUUAUAAUGACAAUUACAAUUAGAUGUCUGCAAAUAUUACACUGGUUACAAACAAA